UUGGUGAACGGGAACCCCAGCGCCGCUUUCACCUUGCCGUGCGGAAACCAUAAGGUGGGGAGAGAACAUCGCGAGCACGUUAGUUUUUCGUCUGUGAAAAGUAAAAUAUGUCGGUAAAUCCCAAUGCACCCCCGAGUUCUGCCUCAUCGGAUAGUGACGCAAGCGAGCCGAAGGAGUGCGAAACGCACGAUCUGAACGCUGGAUUGCACUCGAGCGACAGCGGGUACGAUGCGGAAAUGCCGCCAGACUGCUGUCCGGCGUCGCCGGCCACCGUCCCAUCGAAAACGGCACGCUCGAAUUCGUUCGGUUCGCAGCUGCGGUCACCGAAACCGCGACGUCAGCGAACCACAUCGGUGAACCAGAACACCAUUAACUCGAACGAGGCGAUCAUUCGCUCGAACAAUCGCACGAUCUACACAGCCGGCCGUCCGCCGUGGUAUAAUUGUGCGGGGCAGCAGGUGGAACCGUUCGUGAUAGGUAUCUGCGGUGGCAGUGCCUCGGGGAAAACUACCGUUGCGCAGAAGAUCAUCGAAAGUCUGGACGUGCCAUGGGUGACGCUACUGUCGAUGGAUUGCUUCUACAAGAUACUGAACGACAAGCAACACGAGCAGGCGAACCGGAAUGAGUACAACUUCGAUCAUCCGGACGCCUUCGAUCUGGAGCUGAUGAAGGAUGUGCUGCAGCGGUUGAAGGAGGGCCGGAAGGUGGAAGUUCCGGUGUACAAUUUCGUUACCCAUUCAAGGGAAUCGCACACGAAAACUAUGUACGGUGCGAACGUCAUCAUUUUCGAAGGCAUCCUUACGUUCCAUAGCAAGGAAAUUCUUAAGAUGCUCGACAUGAAGGUGUUCGUCGAUACCGACGCAGACAUUCGGCUGGCCAGACGGCUCAAGCGGGACAUCAUGCAGCGCGGUCGCGAUUUGGAGGGUGUACUUAAACAAUAUUCGACCAUGGUGAAGCCGGCGUACUGCUGCUACAUCGCUCCCACGAUGGCACACGCUGACAUCAUAGUGCCACGUGGUUCGAGCAACAUUGUUGCGAUUCAGCUCAUAGUGCAGCAUGUGCAUACACAGCUGCAGUUGCGUGGUUUCAAGCUGAGAGAAGCGCUGGCUCAUUCGUACAUUGGGCAGCCGAUGCCGGAAUCGCUCAAGCUGCUUCCGACGACGCCGCAGAUCAAAGGUCUACACACAUUUAUACGCAACGCUAACACAGCGCGCGAUGAGUUCAUAUUUUAUUCGAAGCGCUUGAUACGGCUGGUGCUGGAGUAUGCGCUGAGUUUGCUUCCGUUCCGCGACGUCGAGGUAGAAACGCCUCAGAAUAUGCCGUACAAAGGCAAACGCAUGGCCUCGCAGAAGAUCUGUGGCGUAUCGAUUUUGCGCGCGGGUGAAACCAUGGAGCAGGCCGUCAGCGAUGUGUGUAAGCACAUCCGCAUCGGCAAGAUUCUGAUCCAAACGAAUCAACUGACCGGAGAGCCGGAGCUGUACUAUUUACGUCUGCCGAAAGAUAUCAAAGACUAUCGUGUGGUGCUGAUGGAUGCAACGGUUGCCACUGGAGCGGCAGCAAUUAUGGCAAUCCGUGUGCUGCUGGAUCACGAUGUGCCGGAGGAGAAUAUUAUGCUGGUUUCAUUGCUGAUGGCAGAAAUCGGGGUGCAUUCUAUAGCGUAUGCAUUCCCCAAGGUGCAGAUAGUGACAUCCGCGCUUGAUCCGGAGAUAAACGAAAAGUUUUACGUCAUACCCGGUAUUGGCAAUUUUGGCGAUCGUUAUUUUGGCACCGAACCGACCGAGCCGUCAUUGCUGUACGAGUAGCACUAGCCGCAACGCAAUAUUGGAUGGUAGUGUUGAUGCACAAGCACAAUACAGGGUUCUACGAUUUGUCCCAAAACCGCGGGCCACCUUAACGAUUUGUCGUGGUCCCCAUGACUGCGGCAAACUUUCUCGGGCAUAAAACGUCCCGAACUUUCCACGGUCAAUGGUAUUGCAUAACGACGAUUGGUGAAAGUGUUCCGCGGUGAACGAGAUAGUUCGUAACACACCCUGCAAUUGGGAUUCCUCCGCUCGCCUUAAAUCCGUUCUCUAAAUUGACAGAACGCUCCUGGUGAUUGGAAGCGUUUCAAUGAUUAGCAUCUCUUCUUCAAAUUAGUUAUUACAUUUUAAUCCUUCUUGUAUCCUAAGUUAAGUUGAAUCUAGAUUUAAAGUCACAUUUAGUUGAAAUUAAGCGGAAGGAUAGAUUUUCAAUUUCCUCCUCCGCUGCUUUGAUCUAUUCGUUGUUUUGUGUAAUAAUAAACAUGUUUAAA